AUGCGCACUACUACUUCAACAGCUACGACGACGGCUACGGGCUCAGAAAAGAAGCAGCGUCUGUACAAGACUGAACUCUGUCGGAACUGGGAGGAACUGGAUCACUGCAGGUACGGCACAAAGUGCCAGUAUGCGCACGGACUAGACGAUCUCCGUGACGUUGAGCGACAUCCAAAGUACAAGACCCAAGUGUGUCGAACCUAUUGUCAAACCGGAACGUGUCCUUACGGUGCUCGCUGCACGUUUCGUCAU